GUUCCACGUCAGUCAGUCGUCUGGUCAGCGGGUCGGUGGGUUUCUCUAGGACCGCUUGGUCUGUAGCGAGUGAGGGCGCCAGGCCUCGGACCGUCGGAGCCAUGCCUCUGCGACUUGAUAUCAAGAGAAAACUUACUGCUCGAUCGGAUCGAGUUAAGAGUGUGGAUUUGCAUCCUACAGAGCCAUGGAUGUUGGCGAGUCUUUACAAUGGUAGCGUGUGCGUUUGGAAUCAUGAAACACAGACACUGGUGAAAACAUUUGAAGUAUGUGAUCUUCCUGUCCGAGCUGCAAAGUUUGUUGCAAGGAAGAAUUGGGUUGUAACAGGAGCGGAUGACAUGCAGAUUAGAGUGUUCAAUUACAACACUCUGGAGAGAGUUCAUAUGUUUGAGGCACAUUCAGACUAUAUUCGCUGUAUUGCUGUUCAUCCAACCCAGCCUUUCAUUCUAACCAGCAGUGAUGACAUGCUUAUUAAACUCUGGGACUGGGAUAAAAAAUGGUCUUGCUCACAAGUGUUUGAAGGACACACCCAUUAUGUAAUGCAGAUUGUGAUCAACCCUAAAGAUAACAACCAGUUUGCCAGUGCUUCUUUGGACAGGACAAUCAAGGUGUGGCAGCUGGGCUCAUCAUCACCAAACUUCACUCUGGAGGGACAUGAAAAAGGCGUGAAUUGCAUUGAUUACUACAGUGGUGGUGACAAGCCAUACCUCAUCUCAGGAGCAGAUGACCGUCUUGUGAAAAUAUGGGACUAUCAGAACAAAACUUGUGUACAGACACUGGAGGGACAUGCCCAAAAUGUGUCUUGUGCCAGUUUUCAUCCUGAGCUGCCAAUUAUCAUCACAGGUUCAGAAGAUGGAACCGUGCGUAUUUGGCAUUCAAGCACCUAUCGCCUUGAGAGUACUUUGAAUUAUGGAAUGGAGAGAGUAUGGUGUGUGGCCAGCCUGCGAGGGUCCAAUAACGUUGCUUUGGGCUAUGAUGAAGGGAGCAUCAUUGUUAAGCUUGGUCGGGAGGAACCUGCCAUGUCCAUGGAUGCCAAUGGAAAGAUAAUCUGGGCCAAACAUUCAGAAGUCCAGCAGGCCAACCUAAAAGCAAUGGGAGAUGCUGAAAUUAAAGAUGGAGAAAGACUGCCACUGGCAGUAAAAGAUAUGGGCAGUUGUGAAAUAUACCCUCAGACUAUUCAGCAUAAUCCUAACGGGCGGUUUGUUGUGGUAUGUGGUGACGGCGAGUACAUCAUCUACACGGCGAUGGCGCUGAGGAACAAGAGCUUUGGGUCUGCCCAGGAGUUCGCGUGGGCCCACGAUUCUUCAGAAUACGCAAUAAGAGAGAGCAACAGUGUUGUAAAGAUAUUUAAGAACUUUAAGGAAAAAAAAUCAUUUAAACCAGACUUUGGAGCUGAAAGUAUCUACGGAGGCUUCUUACUGGGAGUCAGGUCUGUAAAUGGCUUAGCUUUCUAUGACUGGGAAAAUACCGAACUCAUACGCAGAAUUGAAAUUCAACCCAAACACAUUUUCUGGUCUGACUCUGGAGAGCUAGUCUGUAUUGCAACUGAGGAGUCAUUUUUUAUCCUUAAAUAUCUGUCGGAAAAAGUCUUGGCUGCACAGGAAACACAUGAAGGAGUUACUGAAGAUGGCAUUGAAGAUGGUUUUGAGGUAAUUGCAUCAGUAAAACUUUAGCUUUGUUUUUAAAUGAAUUAUGUACUUACAGCUGAACUUCACUCAUUGGAACAUUUUAUUAGGACGAUGUAUCUCCUGGGCUAUAUUCCUAAAGACAACAGGCUUUAUCUGGGGGAUAAGGAACUGAACAUCGUUAGCUACUCCCUGCUGGUUUCAGUGCUGGAGUACCAGACGGCCGUCAUGCGGAGGGACUUCAGCAUGGCCGAUAAGGUCCUUCCAACCAUCCCGAAAGAGCAGAGGACCAGAGUUGCACACUUCUUGGAAAAGCAGGGCUUCAAGCAGCAAGCUCUUACAGUAUCCACAGACCCUGAGCAUCGCUUUGAACUUGCUCUUCAGCUUGGAGAACUAAAAAUUGCAUACCAGUUAGCAGUGGAAGCAGAGUCAGAACAGAAGUGGAAACAGCUUGCUGAACUUGCCAUUAGUAAAUGCCAGUUUGGCCUAGCCCAGGAGUGCCUGCAUCAUGCACAGGACUAUGGGGGUCUGUUGCUUUUGGCCACCGCCUCUGGUAAUGCUAGUAUGGUGAACAAGCUAGCGGAGGGCGCAGAGAGAGAUGGCAAGAAUAAUGUGGCAUUCAUGAGCUACUUUUUACAGGGCAAGCUUGAUGCUUGCCUGGAGCUCUUGAUUAGAACUGGACGACUGCCAGAAGCUGCCUUCCUGGCACGGACUUACCUACCCAGUCAGGUUUCAAGGGUGGUGAAACUCUGGAGAGAAAACCUCUCAAAAGUCAAUCAGAAAGCAGCAGAAUCCCUUGCUGAUCCAACAGAAUAUGAAAACCUUUUCCCUGGAUUAAAGGAAGCCUUUGUUGUAGAAGAAUGGGUGAAGGAAACGCAUGCUGACCUGUGGCCGGCCAAACAGUACCCACUUGUCACACCAAAUGAAGAAAGAAAUGUUAUGGAAGAGGCGAAAGGCUUUCAGCCCUCAAGAUCUGUAGCUCAGCAGGAACCUGAUGGGAAACCUCCUUCUCCUACUCCUGUUAUUGUGACCUCCCAGACAGCCAACAAAGAAGAGAAGAGUUUACUUGAGCUGGAAGUAGAUCUGGAUAAUUUGGAAUUAGAAGAUAUUGACACAACAGAUAUCAACCUGGAUGAAGAUAUUUUGGACGACUAAAUAAUGUUUCCCGUUUACUUAACUAAACAGAUCAUUAUUAUGGACAGGUAUCGAUCAUCACCCUGACCACCAUGCUUUGGACUCUGAGAAACUCCUUAAUUUUUUUAUAUGUAGACGCUGCUGCCCACUAGGAACAGAAUGCCUUCAUCUUUGGAGGAGUUUAUGUGCAGCAUCUAAAUCACUGUUCCCUUAUUAACUAAAACAGCUGUGGGCUUUGAUUUUUUUCAUACUGUCAUUGGACCAUAUCUCAUAAAAUCUUUUGAAUUAAUGAA